AUGUCGCGAGCAGGGCUGGAGGAGAGAGCCAUUCCGCCGGUAGACGUGGUGGCUGAAUCAAGCAUGUCAUCGGAGAUGCGAAGACGGCUCGCGCUGCGCGGCUCAGGCGAAACCCUCCUCCUCCUGGCGGCGUCGACGUUGAGUAAGGACGGCCUGGUUCGGCUACCCUACCUCGACACGCUUGCCCCGUCGAAGGCGCCGCCGUCGCAAUCGCCGCCGCUUCCGGCCGCCGCCGCUUCCGCUGCGGCGGGACCCUGGGGAGACUGGCUGCGCAUCAUGGCGUUGUGUUGCUCGUGCUCAAGCGGCGGCGACGGGCACAACGAUUUCACGCCCGCCUUUUCCGCCGCCACCAAAGAAGAAACGCCCACCGCCACUAGCCGGUGCCGCUGCCCGAUCGCCACCGUCGAGAGCUUCCUCGGCAACGCGGCAGCGGCGGCGGCGCGACGAACCGACGACGAACGGUCCGCUACUGCGGCGGCGGAGCAGCAGCAGCAGUACCGACUCGUCCGCUCGGCGUGCCGUGACACGGCCGAGUCCCUCCUGUCCAGCGCCACGCGCCUCCUGGGCGAGCGGGACUGGGCCGACUGGCUCAAGGCGCCCCUCAUCGGCGCCGCGUCCCAGGGCGACCUCGACGCCGUGCGGCUGCUCCUGGCGGCCGGCGCCGGCGGCCGGGGCAUCGGGGCGUGGAUGAUCCCGGGCGGGGAAGGGCGGACGCUCCUGCACGCCGCUGCCAGCGGCGGCAGCGCGGCGGUGGUCGAGGCCCUCAUUGACGCCGCGGGGUCCGUCCCCGUCGCGCUGGCGCUGGCGACGGCCGGGGCCGCCGUUCGCCGGAGGGCGCCCUUCCGGCAGUCGGCGCUCCACCUGGCCGCGGCCACGGGCAACGCCGGGAUGGUGCGCGCGCUCGCGUGGGAGCUCCGGCUGCCCGUGUCCGGGGAGGACGACCUGGGCGCCACCGCCCUGCACGCGGCGGCCUGGCACGGGGAGCACGCGUGCGCGCGCGUGCUGCUGGAGCUGGGCGCGGACGUGGACGCCCGGGACGAGUGCGGACGCACCCCCCUCUUUCAGGCCUCCAGGCGCGGCGCCGGAGGGGGGUGCGAGACCAUCCGCGAGCUCCUGAGGGGCGGCGCGGACGUCCAAGCGAGGAGCGAGGACGGCGACACCCCUCUCCACGUCGCCUGCCACUGCGGCUGGGCCGACGCCGUGCGGCUCCUCCUCCGACACGGCGCCGACGAGACGGCGCGGUGCGACCUGGGCAAGACCCCCGGCGACGUCUCGAGGAGAGAGGCGCCGGGGCUGGCUGGCGAUGCUGCGCGCGCGCUGUAUCGAGCUGGGCGAGAACGGCGGCGGGGACGACUGCAGCGCCGCCACGGAACCAUGGCCGGGCUUGUGGGCGGCGAGCUCGGUCUUCGCCUCCUCGAGCUUGGAGGACGUGUUGUUUGAGCCGCCGCCGCCGCAGCCGUCGCCGGCGGCGUCGCCCGUAGAUUUGGCGGUAGAAAAGGAAUUGCUGGGCGGGAUCACAGGAAACAGCCGAGAGGAUGGGAUCGAUCUUGGCGUGGAGGCGGGAUGGGGACACCACCACCCCCGCCUGCCGUGUCCCCCGGCGGGCGGCGACGAGCAAGGCUUUCCUUCCCCUUCCUCGGCGGCGAGGCCGGCGGCGGGGAACCCCAGCAGUGGCAAGCGAAGGAGAGCAGCGGCGGCGGCGGCGGGCGCCUGGGACUUCAGCGGGCAUCAUGCUGCCGCUGCUGUUGCUGCCGGUGCCGCCGCCGCUGCUGGUGGAGGUGGUGGCCAGCCUGAGGGCGGCGGUGGCGAUGACAACCCGUCGAUUGCGGGCGCCUUCGGCGGCGCCGAGCUAGGCAGCGGGAACGGCGUUGACGACGAGUUCUACGGGCUCGUGGUGCGCACGCUGGAGAUGGCGGACGGACCCUUCCGGAUCAUCGUGGGCUACGUCUGAUCCGGUUAGGCAGUGAUGCAAUCUCGUGUGAACUAGGCCUGGAGACAUCUUCGGUCUUCUCCAAACUAUUUACAAGGACCUCACAACAUCGCGGUGUAUUUCCUCCGGCUCUCUUCUCUCAAGGGAUUGUUUUUUGGGGGGACUGGAUUCAGAAGUAAAAUUAGGCACAAUGAACGCCGUGUGUGGCAGUUUACAACCGUGCUCUUCGCUAAGGAAUCGAGGUGGGGUUUUUUCUUGACGCGCGAGGGGAAUGAUAGAGAUUUAACUGCUGCCACAGGACGCGCCACGACUUGAGGACCGAACGUGUUUCCCCGAGGCACGCCCUUUUCUUUUUUUUUAAUUAGUCUGCGGGUCUCAAAUUGUAUGCUUACGAUUCUUAGCUGUGCACCUGUUCUUAUCUGGUACAUAUAUCGUGUACUGUCUGUUGUUUAAGCAUUGACUUCUUUAACGCCAGGUUCUGUACAACCCCCAGGUGGCCGCGGUUUAUUUAUUGUGCGGAAGCAGCACAACACUUUCGACAGCAGAUUUCCUGCGGUAGCCCCUUCCGCCCUGUUUACCCGUCACGUUACGUAGUUAGCCCCAUGACAAUAGGCUGGCCCUGCGCUUUUUUUUGCUCCAGGAGAGACGAGGGGCUCAAGAAUGUUGUCCACAGAGCAGCAGCACAUACAUAUACGAAGUAUGUAUAUGAUAGCGGCGCCAUACAAUUAUUUGGCCUCCGUCCUUCAUGCGUUUUGGAAGCGCGCCAAAUAUUACCAGGCGAAAGAAUGUGUCAGGGAUAUUUCUCUCUGCUCUUUUGGCUGGCUAACGCCACCACCCUCCCCUGGGGCUGUAUUGGCGGGUUGUGUGGAUUUUGUUGGGGUGUUGUGCCGUACAUUUGGCGGCUGUGGUGCUGUGCUCCAUCUCGCUGCGUAGAGGAUUUAUUUAUGUUUUGACUGCCUCGUCGGUGACAUAUCUAUGAUAUUUAAAGCCGCGUGACCUGUCUGUCUGUCUGUCUGUCUGUCUGUCUGUCUGUGUCGUCGUCGUCCCAUGAGAAAUUUCGGUUCAUGGUGUACAUGCAUGUGUCUCGGCGGUAUUGAAGGUCGUGCAUGUUUGGUGAGAGUCCAAUGCCCCACAACGCUAGUA